UGAUUCGUACAUGACUUCCGGAGACGAGAACAUGCUCUCGCCAAACGACAGCGUCCAGCAACCUAACAAAACACCUAUAAAGGAGUGCUCGACCGACAACAGUGACAAUAGGGCUGUGGGUCUGCUGCUCGCCCUCUCGAGUUGCGAACCUUCAAUCAAGGGUGAGAAGUCCCCAGCACAAGACAUUGAUUCCAAUUCGAAUUCAGCCCACUCAUCGCCCGAAACUCCUCUCUCUUCGGCUUGCUUGUUCGUGCAGGCAGCUGUAGAACCGCUGGAGCAGGGCUUCAAGUUCCCCAAGACAAAGAAGGGACUGAUGAACGAGUGGCUCAACAAGGUACCACCCGAGCCCAUGCAGACGGCUAGCGCGAUGUCACCUUCGUCGUUGACGCCCCAUAUGGUGACACCAACUGAGGACGUAGGUAGCAUGUACUCGCCAAUGAAAAGCUUGACGGUGUCGUCGACGUCAGCGGAUCUAAACCACCAUCCGAGAGGAAGCGCGAAGAAAAGGUGGCUCCGGCAGGCCAUCAGUGAGGAUCAUUCAUGCGACAGUCCUUCAAGUAGGCCUGACUCUCCACCGCUAAGUGAUAUGGUGGCUCCUCCCAAAAAGAGAAGGUUGCCUCGACAAUCCCUAUCGAUGGACUCACCUCCUAGUACUCCAACAAGUACUCUCCCACCAUCAAGUUUCAAUAAUCCUUCCAACGAAGGGACGAAUCCAGAAGGAUGUGUGGAAAUAGUGUGCAACAGUAGCGGGGGCGAUAGUCCCCUGCAGACAUUGGAAUCUGACGCCAUUUUGAAGGAACGCGCAGCAAAAAUGAAACAAGAAUUUGGUAAGGCUCUGGUGUCGUCGAGUCUGGAACUUCCUCGAUCUGACUUGGGGCCUUUGAGUUGUUUGGACCCGAGGCUGUCGAGAGAAGGGCAGAUCUUCAAUACAGAUCUAGUUGGCACGGUGGAGAAGACAUUGAGCAUUCUCGGACUGGAAAACAACAAGCCCGAGUUGCCAACUCUUCCCAAAAGAAAGGUAAAGCUCUCUAUAACAGAAUACAGGCAGAGGAAGAAAUUGAACACCAACGAUAAGGGAGAAGACAUGGAAACGGAAUCGAACUGCUUGGAGGAGACAAAUUCGUCAGAAUCUUUCAAAGUAACUGCCAGGGCUAGGUCUGCUAGCAACAGCAGCAGCACUUCCCUGACGUCCAGUGACGACGAAAUGGCUCCUCCUGAGAUAAUUACCAAAACUUCGGCAUUCAAUUGUGAGCCCACAGAGCUUGAAAGGGAGAGAGAAUUAGCCAGUUUGAGACUGAAGAAGACUUUUGGGUUGGCAGUUGACGGUGAACCUCGACCUGCUUUGAACGUCGAGGCGAUUCUCAAUUUAGAACUGGACCCCCCGAAAAUGAAGCCAGUGAUGCCAUUACCGAGCCCGACAUUCCCUAUACCUGGCAGCAGUUCUGAGCUUGUGACUCGGGAUGUAUCGACCCACCCACUUUCGCUCUCGUCUCCGAUCGACAGUUGUAAGUCUUCGUCAGCGUUUAUGGCCCUUCGAGCCGACUCGCCUGUAGUGGAUGUUGAGGAAAUGGAGACGGAGGAAAUUUCUGUAACGGACGACGCACCCGCCAUUCUGGACGGCAGCGAGGAAUCCGGCAGAGCGCCACCGAAUCUGUUUUAUACUCCAGACGAGGAAGAAGUAUCGGAAGAGGAAGAAGAGGAGGAUGAGGGGGAAGAGGAAGAGGCGCAAUGCGAGGCUGUUUUUGAAGAGACUGAGAAUAUUAGUUAUGUACCGCCAUUCAACAAUCCAGUGUAUCCCAAUGAGAGUUUCACGCCGUUUUCAUCAACUAUCGAUGAUGAGGCUCGUUACGAAGGCAGGAAUCCUUCGCCGCCUCCCCACUUGGAAAAGUCGGAAUUCGAAGAACAGUUGUGAGCUCACGAGAAUAUUAAUUAAUCGUUGGAGAGUGCAAUUUAUUUCGUAAACUUGUUAUUUAUAGAGAGAAAGUAUUAUAAACGCAGUGUACAGAGUUGUUUCAUUUUUGGAGAUUUAUUUUUCGAUUAAUUGGUGUCUACAAGCCCCAUUAAAGUUAUUUUAUUUCCCAGUGAUGUGAAAUUUGUUGUUGAUUUGAUUUUUCUUCUAUUGAAUUUGUUGAGUUCCUUUUAGAUAUUUUUGUAGAUAUCGAUAGAAAUGUGUACACUUUGUAAAUAAAGAAAUUAAUUUUAUCAAUAAGUAGUAAGUAGAAAGCCGUUGAUUUUUUCAGAUAUAUUUUUUGCUGGCAAUAUCGAUUCACCGUACUUGCUCACAGAAAUCUCAUUUGUAUAUAAGAUUGGUGUAUUUAAUUCAUUUAAGAGGAAUACUCGACACGAGUCUAAAAAGGUGAUUCGAUGCUGCGUGACCGUGUAAAAGUACAAAAUUAUUUAAGAGGUGAUCUCGUUUUUCGACAGUAGAAUGUUUUUUAUUAUUUUUUUAUAGAGUUAAGAACACCACUUGGGUUGUUAGGUAAACAGUGAUGUAAAGUAGCUGACUGUAGGAAAUAGACUUCCCUAAGGAUUUUUGUAAUUUGUUUUAUGUUGUUGUUGCUUACAAUUUUCCUUGUGACUUCUGCAAAAUGAUUUAGACGUUGCUCGUUGAAAGUUUUAAAGCCAAGGACUGCUGAUGACACAUCACUCUAUAAGUUUGUGGAGGUCACUUUUUGUAUAUAUUUUGGAAUUGUACAUAAGUACUAUAUUUAUACAUAUAUACAUAUAUCAAUUUGUAAAUUUCGUACUACAACCAGUGUUAGUUUUGUUCAUGUGAUUAAAUUAUUUAUUGAUGAGCGGUCCUCAACGCAAAUCAUCCUUGUGUUGGAGACAUCUCAUAUCCGGAUUUGCGUGUUAUUUAUUGCAUCGACUCUGUACAAAAUUUCUUAAUAAAAUUUAAAAGAAAAAAUAUUUAUUGUUAUUAGAAUCAGUAUUAAAUAAAUCUAUGAGAUGGCGAUAAAUAACUCGGAAAUCAUCAAAAUUGUCAUGGACAUCGAGUUAUUAAUUACAUAAAACUAUUUUAAUAUAUAAUAUGGCUGUACAUAAUAAAUAACAUUAAUGAAAUUGAUGUUGGUACGUUCUGUACAAUUAUUUAAUAAAUUCUCUAAAAUUG